AUGCCGCUCAAUGAACCUCCUGCGGAUGACAGGAAGUUUCGUCGGGGCAAGGAAAUGUCUCGUUUCUUCGUCAGUACUGCGUUAACGCUUUUUUUCAGUAAACUAACCCAUAGGACAAUAAGCAUGAUGAAAUAUCGACCCACAACCUUCCAAGCAAACCACGUCAUCCCACCAAUGAAUUCAUCUACUAAACUUAUAGCACCACAAGCGGUAGCCUUAUCUACAGGCCUGUCUGCUGGUUUCUUCUCCAUGGUGGUCUUUGGCACGUGUUGGAUAUUUGACAUCAAUUCGGUUCAGGAGUUUACUCUCGGUUUUAAGAGGGUGCUGUCCCCAUUGUCGGAAAGAAUUGCCAACAAAGUGCCUCCGAUGGAAGACGACGAAGCUACUUCUGAAUUGGAAAACGAACUGAAAGACCUAUUCAAGACUGAUAAAUGA